AUGGUGGCCUCAUCCCGCGCCCCUGCGGUCGCAGUCGUGGCAGCAGCAGCCGCUGCUGCGGCCAUUGCCUAUUGGCUCAAGAUUCGCCAAGAGCUUUCCCGAAAGCGCAAUAAGCGCAUCGGCCAAGGCAUCAGCAAGCUCGCACGGCAGAUUCAGGAACUUCUCGAAACCCGCAAGCCUCGACGCAUUGACGGAUUGCAGCCAGAGAUGUACAAAUUGCCCCCCUUUAUUCCCAAGUCGACGUGGACAUGCCUAGGCGAUGCACUUCGCGACUGCGAAACCCUGGAUGUACAGGAAGUUCCGGGGGAGCGUUUUAUCACACUGCGGUUGGAUGGUAGUGGCUUCUCCAAGUUGACCAGACGAAUGACUGCUUUGGGGGUCUUUUCUGGUGGCUACUCAGCGGAGUUUGCUGAAAUCAUGCGGGAAUGCUGCCAGUCGUUGAUGACCAAAUUCAAUGCUGCUUGUGGAUACACCCAGUCCGAUGAGAUGACACUCGUCAUACCUGCAGCGAGCAUUGUGCGCGGAGAGCAGCAGUGCCAUUCACACAGUGGCCGCGUGCUAAAGAUAUGUACACUGGCCGCAUCCCAUGUGACAUCGCUGUUCAACUAUCGCAUCCAGGAGCUGUUUGCACAGAAGGGGCUUUGCAUGGAAGCUUCUGGCUUGGCAACCUUCGAUUGCCGCAUGGGCAGCUUCGCGACAAUGGAAGAGGCGCUGUCUCUCAUUCUUUGGCGAGCUGCUGAUUGCGGUGUGAACGGUGUGACUGAUGCUGUGCACAAGUCCAAGAUCCCCGGAGCCCGGAAGAUCGAAGGCAAAGCGACUGGUGAAAAGCUACAGUGGCUGGCUCAGAACGGCCUUUUGCCCCUCCAAGCGCACCAAGCCUAUGGCUCCUACUUUGUCCGCUCUCUUCGGCCACAUGAGGGCGUGAACCCGAAGACCGGGGAGAUGGUGCAAACUCUGCGCUCAAGCAUCCAGGAGCUGCCUGAAGCGAAUGUUCUCUGCCUGGCAGAAAAUGCGAUCGAUGACACCCUGAGAUUUCUGGAUGCUGCCUUCUGCGCGGAGGCUUUUUGGACGUCUCAAGCACGAGUGGGAGCUGCUGCAGAAGCAGCCAUUUCAGUGCUGCUGCGCCAAAACGCUGUGACAAUGGCCACCAGGAUCGCGGCCGGAUUGGUGGCGCUGGAAGAGGAGUUUGAUCGUGCCGCUGAUGCGGAGAGCGAAGCGGAAAGCAAAGCACUGCAAAGUUUCUACUUCAGGGUGGCUCGCCUUCGUUCGGCCGUUGCCUUCCUGCUUGCCCGAUUUGCCCUCGACGCAAAGGAGACGUCCGAGGGCUUGAGGCUGCAACAUGCAAUGGUGUCCCUGGAUCAAAGCAUCAAGGGGUAUGUUGAGGAAGGAGUCGACCUGGGAUGUCCCAACCUUGACCGACCCAAGAUGGGUUGGAAGGUGCCGUACUCCCACUGGUGGGUUUAUUGCGUGCGCAAAGUGAGCAAUGACUUCGGCCUGUGCUCAAUGAACGAGUUGCAAGCCAAGUUGCUCAAGCGGCGAAGUGUCGUGGAGGAGUGUGGUGCGAACUACGAAAGCGUGCCGACGCUUCGUAAAGAAGAGGAUGCUUUGACGCAGGCAACUACAGUGAGCACUGCGGCAACGCCCCUGAAAACAUGUGCGGCGGUGUUUAAGCGCACGCCAAGCCCUUGUGGUGGUGACUUCCAGGCUGCCAUUGAGCGGCGGAGAGCCACUGUGGACGGUGACGGCCAGACCUUCGAGAGCACGCCUACCACAAAGACUGCAGAUGUGACAAGUUCGGCAUCAACGCCGACUGGUGCCAGCCCGGCAGGCAUCAAGCCUAGCUGUGGCACGGUGGAUUUCAAGAAGCGCAUUGAUCAACAGCGGGCAAGUGUGGAUGGCGGAGCGCAAACGUUCGAGAGUCGACCGAGCGAGCAUUGUGCCGAUGCCGGAAUGGCGGUGCCCAAUGCUGGUGGCUCUUCGGGCCAGGUCUUUGAGAGCACACCAGAAAAGACAACAGCAGAUUGCGUCUCCAGUAUUCGGAGUGCCAUGCAGCUGCCCGAGCUGCCUGAGCUGCAGCUGCCAGCUUCCCCUGUCCAGGAACAGGAACCUGGGGAUCAAGACCAGGAGGCUGGCGAUGACGAGGAAGAGGAGGCAGAGGAAGCGGAGGUCUCUGACGGAAGUCCCACCAACAAGGAGCCGAAGACAACUCUCACUGCUUCGAACCGCCGAGUCUUGUGGCUGGUGGGCUUAGCCCAUCCGCUACAGGACGAAUUCGAGAGCGACCCGUUUGCUGUAGCUGCGCCUGGCUGUAGCCCGGUAACUCUCCGCCUCCGCGCCGAUGGGCAGAGGUGUCACCUCGAGCUGUCAGGGCCUGAAGAUGCUUCUGGCUCCUACGAGGUGAAGCUCUUCGUCGGCAAGGGCUGGCGAAAGAAGUCCUUCAGGAUGUGGCAAGCCAACGAAAGCCUUUCGGAGGCGUUUGACACAGCAAGAUCUGACGAACCGCAACUCGAUCCUUUGCGGUGCCACUUCGCUGGCAUGAAGCGCAAUCCCAAGCAUUGGCAACUAAAUGUUGCUGCUGAGGUGAUUUUCAAGGACAAGGCCUUGAUGAGUUUGGGGUCAAACUAUUUCACCAAGACAUCGGCGACUGUUAGCGGUGAGGUCGCGAGUUGCCUGGCCAUCGCCUUCGUGCUCCCUCCCCGGUGA